AUGGCAACCGUGGUGCACAUUCCAACUAUAACAGUAACACCAAAAAUAGUCAUAAAUGAGGUGGAUGGUAGACCCAAGACUCUGGUAUCAUUGUGGGGUGCAGUAGCAUGUCAGUCUGGUAUGAGCUUAGAUAUGUCUAAUGAAGCUGUGUGGAAAAAUCUCACGGAAGAAAUCGUGGAAGAUUUUCGAGUACAGGUUUUAGUUCAACACGUGUUUCCUUUCUUGGAAAAUGAAGAAAACGUGAUUGACGUGGAUGAAGUCAUAUUUGUUCACGAUAAAGCACCGUGUAUGGAAGCAAAUAUGACUCAACAAUUGAUAAAAGACAACAAUAUCAAGUUUUGGGGUAACAAUAUUUGGCCCAGAAAUUCACCUGAUCCAAACGCAGCUGAACACAUUGUAACAAUAAUCAAAGAUGAAGCUGAGAAAAGAAUGUUGUCAGAGACUGGAAGUGAUCGGUAUAGCGAACAAACAUUGAAAAAUCAUAUCAUCGAUGUUUUGCAAAAUAUGGAGACAGACACAGAACUUUUUGAAAACCUUUUAUGUUCAUACCCCUCAAGAUUACGUGAUGUGAAAAAAGCGAACAGUGGUCACACAGAUUAUUGA